AUGGGGGAAUCUCGACUGCAUAAGUUCUUAACCAUAAAAUUUUGUCUGCAACCUGAAUGUCUGAGAGAGGGUCAGCUCAUCUUAACUGACGAAUCAGAAACAGAAGUGGAUGAAGAUAUUUUCGAGGAGCUUGUGAAAUCAGGUGUACUGAACUUCAAGAUCUCAUUUAGACAACCAGUUACAGAUGGUUGCAGCAGUUCUCAAGGCAGUGCACUUGAUGCACCAAAGGGUGAAGAAAUCUUCAUGGAGUAUGACAAGACUAAGACUCUAACAGAUGCAAAACGGAAACAAAUGGUGAACAUCCUGGUUGCUGAUAUGAUCGAAACACAUGGGAGGAUUCCACCAUCAAGUGCACGGACGAAUUAUGCACUGGGAAUUGUGACCCUGUUUCCAUACCUCCAAGAUCCAUACUCUGAUAAUGGAUAUAUUGACCAGGACUUCUCCAUGAUGUUUGGAGAUGAGAUGUCCAGUAGGUUUCUGGCAAAGUGGCCUACUUUUUUCAAGCCCAGAGUCAUCCGUGACUGCAGGACCCUGACCCCGAAUCAGUAUGUUGAGGAACUGCUGUCAGCAAUUGAACCCCAACCUGAGGAUAUCUAUGGAUGGGACAGUGAUAUGUCAGCAAUUCUCCUGCUUCUGCAUCUACUUCCCCCAACCUCAAGAGGCCAGAAAAAAAACAGCAAAGAUCAGUUCAGCCCAGGCAGCCAACCAUCUUGUGCGGAAGGAGCCAGUCUUACUACAUUCCUUGAGAGAGCUGAAACGAAACAGCCCUUCCUCCUCUGCAUUGGUGAGCAAAAGAACAAAAUCUCAAAGUUCUACAUCAUCAUCGACCAGAAGGCUGUCCCAUGCAAGGCUCAGACAUCGGUGGCUGCUUUUGAUGAGCUAUUUAAAGCUCACUACGUCUUCAGUCUUUCCUAUGAUGAAGCCCUAAGCAAUGUUUAUACAUUUGUGCAGACCACAGUGUAUAAUAUUGAUGUUGGAAGUGCCAAGGAGAGCCCCCACGUUAAGGAACUUGGAGCAAGACUGCUGCAGCACAAAAUCUGA